AUGAGCAACAAACUUUUCGAACAAGAGGAGGACAGAUUACUCUCGACUGAGGACAGAAGAACCACUGCGAGUAUAAAACCAGAACCGAUCGACUGGGAACCGCAAUACACGGAGGGUCCAAGCCGCAUUGUGUCCCAAUUCGAUGGGACGAAAGAUUGUUUAGCAUUGCUCCUCACCGAGGAAGUCGUUCAAAACAUCAAGAAGAUCAACCGACAAAACCGAGCUGCUGAAAGGACGGGGAGGGUGGUGGAUGCUGCUCAAACAAGAACUCUAGUUCUGGCAAAACGGCUUGAUGGAAAAGAAAUCAUUCUCGACGGCGCCGAAGACCGAGGAGAGGCGGACCAAAUUCGGCUUGAGGUAGAACAGUUGCGGUCAGAGCUGAACGAAGCCGAGGAGCAAAGAGACGAUUUUAAGAACGAGCUGGAGAGUCUCAAGUUGACCCUUGAGUGUCCAAGAAAAGAUCUGCAAGUCACACUCAAGCAAAAGGGUAGCAAGUCAACUGAUUCGGGUCACAACUCAAUCAUCUCGAACAGCAGCAAGAGCAUUGACCCAGGGUCCGAGGAGCUUCUCCGACUUGGAGCCGAGGGCAACAUGCGACAGCUACCUGACUUUAAGUGA